AUGGUUGCCAUUCCCGAGCAGCGCACCAGCUCGCUGCUGACCAAUUCCACCAGCUAUGAAUCCACCACCACCGAAACUGUUCCUAUUGUCAACCGGAAGGAAACCGUCCUGGCCGUGAGCAUUGUCUUUCAAAUAGUCGCCUGGGUUGCUGUGCUUUUCAGACUCUAUGCCCGAGUCAAGAUCACCCGUGCUGCUGGCUGGGACGACUUGAUGGUCGUGCUCGCUGCCAUUUCCGUGACUAUUGGCACCGCUUUUGUCAUAAUGUUGCCCGACUAUGGCCUUGGCAAGCACGUUCUGUCCCUGACCGCUGGCACUUACUCGGAAUACCUACACUGGUUUUGGGCUGGCACCAUUUCCUACUUCUGGUCGACUAGCAUCAUCAAGGUCUCGCUGCUUCUACAGUACCUUCGCUUGUUCGAGAAGCGUUCGAAAAUCUACUACCUCAUUAUCGGCUUGAUCGUUGUCGUCUCCAUCUGGGGUCUCACAUACACCGCCUUGCUCGCCUUCGCCUGCUCGCCUGUUCAAAAGUUUUGGGAAUGGAACCGGCCGGGCACCUGCUUUGGAUUUGGAGCUGGGUCCGCCGACCCUGAGACCUUUUUCGCAACCUUCGCAACCCACUCUGCUCUCAACAUGGCCUUCGACAUCAUUGUCCUCGCCUUUCCCAUCUUCUCCUUAUCCUCUAUCGACCUGGAGGGCAAGCGAAAAUAUGCGAUUGCUGGACUGGCCGUGCUGGGCUCUGUGGUCGUGGCUAUUAGUAUCGCACGCUUAGCGAGCAUUGCCGAGACUCGCGCCGGAACAUAUCCUGUUGCUGAUCCAACUUGGCUGGCGCCGACGUCAAUCAUCCUGUCCUGUCUCGAGGUCGAUAUUGCUAUUCUCUGCGCAAGCAUUCCCAUUUUCUGGCCUCUCAUCUCCGCCUUGACCUUUGGCAAGAUUUUCGUCGUCGACGAAGUCAUCGUACGAACUGAGGAGCGAGUGGAGCAGCCGCGCCCCGAUACCCCUGGAUCUGAGACGGAGCUUCGGACAUAUCUGAGCAGGGCAGAAACGCCAGACCCCUCCAAACACUACAAGGAUCCCUUCGUCGUCGACCAUGUACGACCACUCGCUUCAGAAGCCAAUGCUUUUGAUGGGGUCGGAGCCAACACACAUUCAGCAAAUGUUGAACACACGACAGUCCCACUUGGCCAGAUCGAGAGGUUGAUGAAAUGA